UUUUUUAUGCCACAUUUUACUGAAAAUAAUUAAAAGUGAAACAAAUUUUUGUGAAAUGUUUUUCUAAUUUUAAAGUGAAUGUGUUUGGAGGUUAUGAACAUGUCAAUGUUGUUUUAAUACUAAGACUUUUGGGAAGCAUCAGUUCAACAAUUUAGUUAGUGAAUAUCAACAUGUCAAGAAAAAUGCCUCGACGAAAAGUGGAUCUUGGUUUUAGUGAAGCACGGUCUGAUAAUUUACCACGAGUUGAUGCAUUCAUGGUUGCAACUUAUCUCGCCACAAAUUCUGAUUUUGUAUCAGCAGAAAUGAAAGGAGCAAAAGCUAGCCUAUCUGGGAGAAAGUCAUAUGGAGAUGCAGCCAUUGCAUAUGUACAAGUUAAGCUUCAGGGACCUGAAUGUACUCUCAAAUGUCUUAUUUGUCCUGAACACAGAGUACAUAAUAAAUCAUAUAGAGUGACUGUAGUUUUAAAUAUUGUUGAUGAAGAAAUUUUAUCGAUUCAGUGUCAUGAUUGUGCCGCAUCGUUAGGUGGAUGUAAGCACUCCAUAGCAUUUUUGAUGUGGCUACACAGACGAUCUGAAGAACCAUCUCCAACUGAUAUUGAAAGUUACUGGCGUAAAUCAGUUUUAUCUCAAGUUGGGUCAGCAAUCAAAUUUAUUCGAGUAAAAGAUUUUGCUUCUGAUACAAAUACUACUGCUGUACCUAAGUCUUUUAAUACAUUGCAAGAAUUUGUCAAUAGAACAAAACAAAAAAAUGUACAGAGCCAAAUCUUGCAGUAUUUCAACUCUGAGAAUACUGAAAAAAGUCUUUCAAUACACAAUUUAUUAGUGGACUUUAUUAAUUUAGGAGGAAUAUCAUGUGAUGAUUUCUUACAGUUUAGUGUAAAUCGAAUGUCUCCUGACUUGUGUGAUAAUAUAGAAAAAGAAACUCAAAAUCAAGCAGAUUGUGACUUUUGGUUCUCAUUGCGGUAUGGGCGAAUAACAGCAUCGAAAGCUUAUGAAGCAUCUCGCUGUAAUACACCUAAUGGAACAUUAGUAGAGUUGCUUGUUGGAGGCCAAAAACUACGUAAUACAAAAGCUAUGGAACGAGGUAAAGAGCUGGAAGCUACGGUUUUACAACAAGUUGAGCAGAAGUUGAAGCGUAAAUUCCAAAAGUGUGGUUUAUUCUUAUCCAAAGAUUACCCAUACUUAGGAGCUUCUCCAGAUGCAAUAGAUGACCAAUUCGUGGUAGAAAUUAAAUGCCUGGCGUCAGAAAAAAGCUUUCACACUUAUAUUGACACUGCAAAUUAUAAUAAAAUUUCAAUGAAAUAUAUUACUCAAAUGCAGAUGCAAAUGCUUUUCACAGGAAGAAAAAAAGCAAUGUUUAUCGUAGCAGACCCAACUUUUGAAGAAACACGACAAUUCAAAUCUCUUAUCAUUGAUUAUGACUCACAACUAGUUGAAAAAUUACUAAAAGAUCUAAACCAGGUCAAUGAUUGUUUGACAGGAUCUGUUGACUUUUCAAUUUCAAUUUCUAAACAAUCAAUGAUUGAUUCUACUGCUGCAUAA